AUGGGAGGUGAAAAUACCAUGGAAGAAUCUAUGGACAUUGAAGUUAUGCCAUCAACGAGUGGUUAUAACAUAAAAAGUACCGAAAAAGAUGAUAAAUCGAUACAUUUACCAUGGAUUGAAAAGUAUCGACCUCAAACUUUUUCUGAGAUUGUUGGUAAUGAAGAUACAGUAUCUAGACUCUCUGUUUUUGCUCAACAUGGGAAUUGUCCAAAUAUUAUUAUUGCUGGCCCACCAGGAGUUGGUAAAACUACAACUAUACUAUGCUUAGCACAUAUUCUUUUAGGAUCAGCUUUUAAGGAAUCAGUUUUGGAAUUGAAUGCCUCAAGUGAAAGAGGAAUUGAUGUUGUGAGAAAUAAAAUUAAAAUGUUUGCACAAAAAAAGGUAAAUUUGCCAAAAGGGAAACAUAAGAUUAUAAUUUUAGAUGAAGCUGAUAGUAUGACAGAUGGUGCACAGCAGGCAUUACGUAGAACAAUGGAAAUAUAUAGUAACACAACAAGAUUUGCAUUAGCUUGCAAUAAUAGUGAAAAGAUUAUUGAACCAAUACAGUCACGUUGUGCUAUGUUAAGAUAUGGAAAAUUAUCAGAUGCACAAAUUUUAGCAAAAGUUAUUGAAGUUUGUAAUAAAGAAAAUGUGUCCUAUGCAGAUGAUGGUUUAGAAGCAAUAGUAUUUACUGCACAAGGUGACAUGAGACAGGCGCUAAAUAAUUUGCAAGCGACAUAUAACGGUUUUAAUCAUGUAAAUAGCGAGAAUGUUUUUAAAGUUUGUGAUGAACCUCAUCCAUUACUUGUUAAGGAAAUGCUUCAAUUUUGUACACAGGCUAACAUUUCCAAAGCAUAUGGGGUAAUGGAACAUUUAUGGAAAAUGGGAUACUCUGCAGAAGAUUUAAUUAGUAACAUAUUUAGAGUUUGUAAAAGUCUUCCUGUUGAUGAAACAUUAAAAUUAGAUUUUAUAAAGGAAAUUGGAAUAACUCAUUUAGGAAUUGUAGAUGGAAUUAACAGUUUGUUACAAAUGAACAGUCUCCUUGCUCGACUUUGUCAGAAGGCUGUGCAGAGUUAA